AUCGUUCCAGCAUCUCGAUAGGUUCAGAGACGAACUGAGGACUCUCUCUGCUCUCACUCCUCGCUCGGUUCAACAUGGACUUGGUGAAUUUUCUGCUUUUUCUAGCAGUUACCGCCUUCACGGUGAAAGUUUCUCUUCAAGGGAAACACCAGCGCAGACUGUACAGAGACCUGAUGACUGAUUACAACCCGCUGGAGAGACCAGUCGUGAAUGACUCUCAGACUCUCACUGUUCGCUUUGGCUUAACCCUCAUACAGAUCAUGGAUGUGGAUGAGAAGAACCAGGUUUUAACAACCAACAUUUGGCUACAACUGUUAUGGAAUGAUUAUUACCUCCAGUGGAAUACAUCUGAGUAUCCAGGUGUGACCAAUGUGAGAUUUCCUGACCAUCUCAUUUGGAAGCCAGACAUUCUGCUGUAUAACAGUGCAGAUGAAAGAUUUGAUGCUACUUUCCACACCAACAUUUUGGUCAACUCCUCAGGCUACUGUGUCUACUUACCUCCAGGGAUCUUCAAGAGCACCUGCCACAUCGAUGUGCGCUGGUUCCCCUUUGAUGUCCAGAGAUGUGACCUCAAGUUUGGUUCCUGGACAUACGGGGGCUGGUCUCUGGAUUUAAAGAUGCUGGAGGCAGAUAUCACCGGCUACAUCGCCAAUGGAGAGUGGGAUCUUGUCGAGGUUCCAGGACGGAAGAAAGAGCAUUUCUACGACUGCUGCGAGGAACCGUACCCUGACGUCACUUUCACUGUGGUUAUGCGGAGACGGACCCUCUACUAUGGCCUCAAUCUGCUCAUCCCAUGUGUCCUGAUCUCCACUCUGGCCCUGCUUGUCUUCCUUUUGCCUGCUGACUCUGGGGAGAAGAUCUCACUGGGCAUCACAGUCCUGCUCUCCCUGACUGUCUUUAUGCUGCUAGUUGCAGAGAUUAUGCCCGCCACAUCAGACUCGGUGCCUUUAAUAGCUGAGUACUUUGCCACUACCAUGGUCAUUGUUGGUCUCUCAGUAAUUGCUACAGUUCUGGUCUUACAGUAUCACCACCAUGACCCUGAUGGAGGCAAGAUGCCGAAGUGGACCCGUGUGAUCCUGCUGAACUGGUGCGCCUGGUUUCUGCGCAUGAAGCGCCCAGGUGAGGCGCGAGUGCGUUCAGCCUGUCACAACAAGGCUCCACGGAGCAGCCUGACCAGCAUGGAACUCAAUGCUAGCGCCUCAGCCUCCCAAUCCACCAACGGCAACAUGCUUUAUGUUGGCAUCCGUGGCCUGGAGAGCCUCCACUACUCCACAGCUGCCACCUCGCCUGACUCUGGGGUCCUCUGUGGACGCCUGAUCGGACGAGCAGGUGAGGAUGAGAUGCUCCUCCCCACAGGUCACAGCUCCUCAGUUGGCAGUGUAGAACCAGAGCUGGCCAAGAUCCUGGAGGAGGUGCGAUAUAUUGCCAAACGUUUCCGUGACCAAGAUGAGGAUGAGUUAGUGUGCAACGAGUGGAAGUUUGCUGCGUCUGUUAUCGACAGGCUUUGUCUCAUGGCUUUCUCUCUCUUCACUGUCCUCUGCACUAUUGGGAUCCUUAUGUCAGCACCCAACUUUGUAGAGGCCAUUUCCAAAGACUUUUUCACUUGAGGACUGUAUGAGGAAAUAAAUGCUUCAACAAAAACAAAAGCCUAUACUAAUCACUCUUAUCCCAGAGUAACCAUUUGUUAACUCACAGGGCAGUAGUUUGGAUACAGUUAGUAGUAACACUGCUAGUACGGGACUGAUGGGACAAAUACUUAACUAAUAAUACUUAAAGCAAAAUCAAAUUGAGGACUUCAGAAAAAAUGUAUGCAAGACAUAACUAGCUGAAUUUAUGUCUUACAUGAUGGUGGGGAAAAUGACCAGCCUUUGUACUGUUUUAAAGCAACUAAAAACUAAUACUACAAAACAUUGUUUAAGUGGUGUAAUUUGCUAACCUACAAAGAAUGCAACUGUGGUUUGUUAUAUGAUGUUACCUGUGUAGUAUUGUUCAUUACAUUGUAUCUAUUAGAAGAUCCUCACUAAAAUCUAUUCCUUAUACGAAACAUAACUGCUAUAGUAUCUUGUAUUGAAAUGUAUUUGUUGUAUCACAUGAACUCAUAUAUUCAAAAUAAUUAUGUGAUGUUGUAAAUUGCCUUUUUAUAAUUACAAAUUAAUUAGUUAAGUUAUUAGUUAAUUAUUGUCAUAAGAAUAAGCUUAUAUCACCUCAAUUCUUGAUUCUUAUUUUUAUUAGAUUUAUUUUGAUAAUUAAAGAAUUACUGUGAGGUCAAAAUAUUUUGCUUUUCAUGUUGGUUCAUUCAAAUUAUGAUGUUUUUGUUCUUGUCCAGUCAACAGUUGUACUGUAACGUUUCUCAAAUAAAUGCAAUUUUUCUAUUUGAAAAUGGGACACCAA